UCACUGUUUGUUAUUAAACACUAAAAGUCAAAGUAAAGUUCAGCAUCUCAGUCACAGUCCAUGUCUUUCUUCAUCAUCAUCUUCAUCAGCUGAAGUUGGAGCAGGAGAUAAUGAUGUUCAGACGAUUUAUUCCUCCUAAAAAACACAGCGACUCUCGGAGACGACCGUUCCCUCCUCGCCGCAGGAACACGGGGCAUUACGUAGUCGGUCAUGACGAGUCUCUGAAACAGAAGAGUGAGAGCAGAGAGGAGUCCAUCCUGACAUUCCUCGGGAUCGCCUGCACCAUCCUGAAUCUCCUGGUCAUCGUAUUCGUCUACAUCUACACCUCCCUGUGAUUGAGGGAGGAGUGUGACCUGUAACCUGGAGACAGAGCGGUGUGUAUGUUAUUACACAUCUGUUUCACCCACAGUGUUAGUGAUGUAACGUACACGUCUGCUGCUCUCUCUGUGUUUACAACAUCGCACACCUCUGUGGGGAAGACUCAGGAAUAUGUGUGACAAUAAUGUGAAAGCUGCUUCAUCACAGCCAGAGAGGAAGAUAACUACAACCAGUCUGUCCUACAGAGUCACACAAUAAACACACACUUAUUUUUGACUACAUUUAAAUUAAACACAAGCGAGUGACUAAACAUACAAGAAAUAUAACAAUAAUUUAGUCACAAGUAAAACAAACACUUUUAACUAAUAAUCACUAAUCUUAAUGAUUAUUAUUAUUGUUAUUAUUAAUAAUAAUAACAAUAAUAAUAACAAUAAUAAUAACAAUAAUAAUUGUUAUUAUUAUUGUUAUUAUUAUUAUUAUUAUUAUUAUUAUUCCUAAUAUGAAUGACAUUAAUAAUAAUUCAAGGCUUUGUUAUCCUUAACAUUUG